AUGGAAACUUCAAUUCUCUAUGAACAAGAUGAUGAUAACGUAUAUGUAGCAGAAUUAUCACGUAAUAUUCAUGAAAAUAGUGAGGAAAGUGAAUCUGAUGAUAAUGACGAUUAUGAUAUUCAAGACACUGUGCCAUUCCCUCUUUAUAUUG